UUGAAACAGAACCUCCCCACACCUUUGGUAAUACUGCGUUUUGCCGUACCCUCGCCGCGGGCGUACCUGGUACGAAUACUAAUACUAAUAUUACGCCCGAUCUUUCUCCCUCACCGUUCCUUUCUCUUCUCCGCCAUCGCCUCCCCCUCUCUCUUCCUCCCCUCCCCCUUACCGCUUCUUUAAAUACUGCAUUCUUGCAGCUUCAUAGAUCUUUUCUAUGCUUAGUCUCGCCCGCAAGACCUUAAACCGCGUUCCCAGCUUUCAGGACAUCCUACAAGGCAGAAUGACCCACCCCGACAUCUCCGUCGACGUUCUCGUCAUUGGUGCAGGCCCAACUGGUUUGGGUGCUGCUAAGCGUUUGAACCAGAUCAACGGCCCCUCGUGGUUGAUUGUGGACAGCAACGAGACCCCCGGUGGUCUUGCCUCUACCGAUGUCACCCCCGAAGGCUUCCUCUACGACGUCGGUGGCCACGUUAUCUUCUCCCACUACAAGUACUUCGACGACUGCAUCAACGAGGCUCUCCCCAAGGACGAGGACUGGUACACCCACCAGCGUAUCUCCUACGUUCGCUGCCAGGAGAAAUGGGUUCCCUACCCCUUCCAGAACAACAUCUCCAUGCUUCCCAAGGAGGAGCAGGUCAAGUGCAUUGACGGCAUGAUUGACGCUGCCCUUGAGGCUCGCGUGGCCAACACCAAGCCCAAGGACUUCGACGAGUGGAUCGUUCGUAUGAUGGGAACUGGUAUCGCCGAUCUCUUCAUGAGACCCUACAACUACAAGGUCUGGGCUGUGCCGACCACCAAGAUGCAAUGUGCCUGGCUCGGUGAGCGUGUUGCCGCUCCCAACGUCAAGGCCGUCACCACCAACGUCAUCCUGAACAAGACUGCUGGUAACUGGGGCCCUAACGCUACUUUCCGUUUCCCCGCCCACGGUGGUACCGGUGGCAUCUGGAUUGCCGUUGCCAACACCAUCCCCAAGGAGAACACUCGCUUCGGUGAGAAGGGCAAGGUCACCAAGGUCAACGCCGGCAACAAGACCGUUCAGCUUGCUGACGGCACGACCGUCGGCUACAAGAAGCUGGUCUCUACCAUGGCCGUGGAUUUCCUUGCCGAGCAGAUGGGUGACCAGGAGCUGGUUGGCCUCACCAAGCAGCUCUUCUACUCCACCACCCACGUUAUCGGUGUUGGUAUCCGUGGUACCCGCCCUGAGAGAAUCGGUGACAAGUGCUGGCUCUACUUCCCCGAGGACAACUGCCCCUUCUACCGUGCCACCAUCUUCUCCAACUACUCCCCUCACAACCAGCCCGAGACCUCCAAGAAGCUCCCUACCCUGCAGCUCGCCGACGGCUCCAAGCCCAAGAGCACCGAUGCUGAGGAGGGUCCUUACUGGUCUAUCAUGCUGGAGGUUUCCGAGUCCUCGAUGAAGCCUGUCAACCACGAGACCCUCCUGGCCGACUCCAUCCAGGGUCUCGUCAACACCGAGAUGCUCAAGCCCACCGACGAGAUUGUCUCUACCUACCACCGCCGCUUCGACCACGGUUACCCCACCCCCUCCCUCGAGCGUGAGGGUGCCCUUACCCAGAUCCUGCCCCGCCUCCAGGCCCAGGACAUCUGGACCCGUGGCCGCUUCGGUAGCUGGCGCUACGAGGUCGGUAACCAGGACCACUCUUUCAUGCUGGGUGUCGAGGCUGUGGACAACAUUGUCAACGGUGCCGUCGAGCUUACCCUGAACUACCCCGACUUCGUCAACGGCAGACAGAACACCGAGCGUCGUCUGGAGGACGGUGCUCAGCUGUUUGCCAAGUCCAAGGCUCAGUAAGCGCUGAAGAACAUAUAGACAUAUUUUCCGAUUUAAUAUUGAAUGAUUUCAAGAGGGGGUUUUUAAAACAAAACAACUAGAUACCGGAUUUUUUACGGACAACGGGAGCCAUUGAUUCUAUUUCCUUUCUUUAUUUUUUGAAGCGAUAUUUGGGAGACGUUUUGCGGGCAUUUUGUGUUGAUGUGAAAACCCACCAUCUUUCCUGCAAUUCUUGCUAGAAUUCUUUUCAAGCUAUAAACCCUUUUUUUCUUUUCGUUUUCUCUUUUCUAGACUUGAUUCUUUAAGAUGAUGGAUGCCCUGCAUUGUUGGCUGUCAUGUUCUUGCUUCUAUCACGGGUCUCCGUUGGAUUGUUAUAUCCUAUGAAU